AACACCUUAAUCCCUCAGAUUAACCAAAACCCUCCAUUAAUUCUCACCGCCUCCCGACACAUAAUCUUUCUUCUUUGCUGCGCUCAUUCGGUAUAUGGCAUCUUUGACUGUGCUCUGCCUUUUACCCAUCUUAAUCCUCCUUUCUUGCAUCAACAUCAAGGCUGAGUGUUUUGAUUUCAACUUCACAGAUUUCCAGGAAGAAAACAGAAAAGAUCUGUUGCUGACUGAGAACUCCACUAUUUUCAGAGAUGCCCUCCAAAUCACACCCGAUCUCAGCGGAGACGUUAAAUACACACCGGGAAGGGCAUAUUACGCCAAGAAAUUCAAGCUAUGGGAUAGAAAGAAAAGAAGAUUAGCGUCUUUCAAUACAACCUUCGUCAUUAAUAUCAGUAACAAGAACUCACCGGAAGUCGGGGAAGGUUUAGCUUUUGUGCUCAGUGCAGAUUCCGAUGUCCCGAAUGGCAGCUUCGGCCAAUGGCUCGGCCUUGUCAAUGCCACCACCAACGGAACCUCUCGAGCAGGGAUCGUCGGCGUGGAGUUCGACACCAGGAAGAGUUAUGAACAAGACCCUGACGGCAACCAUCUCGGCUUGGAUAUCAAUAGCUGUUAUUCCAUCGAGCAACGAUCGUUGAGUGGCUACGGCGUUAAUCUUUCCGUGGGCGUCGAUGUGUUGGCCGUUGUUCAAUACGACGGAAAAAACAUGACCGUUUUCGUUUCCAACAGAAACCAGAAACGGAGUCAAGUUCCGGUACUCUCAGUGCCUAUCAAUCUCUCCCUGUUUCUUCCAGAAACUGUCCAUGUGGGAUUCUCAGCUUCGACUGGAGAAUUCCAAGAGCUGAACUGUGUGAGAGCUUGGGAAUUUCAUGGUGAAGAUAUGGGUGAAGAUUCAAAUCUGUUGUGGGUUUGGAUUUUUAUCCCGAUUCUCGCUCUGGGUAUGGUUCUGGGACUGGGUUUUUACAUCCAUUGGAGAAGUAGAAGAUCCAGAAAGGAUGAUCCAGAAAAAGCGUUUCAAAAUAUAGAAGAUCAUAUUAAGAGCUCCACUGCUCCAAGAAGAUUCAAACUCAGAGAACUGAAGAGAGAAACAAACAAUUUUAACCACAAAAACAAGCUUGGAAAAGGCGGAUUCGGCACGGUUUAUAAAGGGAUUUGGAAAGAACAAGAGAUCGCUGUCAAAAGAGUGUCGAAGAAAUCACAUCAAGGGAGCCAAGAAUUCAUAGCCGAAGUCACAACCAUCGGCAGCUUGAACCACAAAAACCUCGUCAAACUAAUCGGAUGGUGCUACGAGAACAAAGAGCUCCUCCUCGUGUACGAGUACAUGAUGAACGGAAGCCUCGAUAAGUUCAUAUUCUACGACGAGAAAACGGUCAAAAACGAUGAACCGAAUCAACCAAACCUAAGCUGGGAAACUAGGCUCAUCAUCAUACAAGGUGUGGCCGAGGCACUCGAUUAUCUUCACAACGGAUGUGAGAGAAGGGUGCUUCAUAGGGACGUCAAGUGUAGCAACAUAAUGCUGGAUUCGGAGUUCAAUGCCAGAUUGGGAGAUUUCGGAUUGGCAAGAACGAUCCAACAAAGAGAGAAAACACAUCACUCGACCAUCGAGAUCGCCGGCACACCGGGAUAUAUGGCACCGGAGACGUUUCUAAUCAGUCGGGCAACGGUCGAAACUGAUGUUUAUUCAUAUGGUGUCCUCCUCCUCGAAGUUGUAUGUGGAAGAAAGCUUGGUAAUCAGAGUGAGUUGAAUAACUAUAACAACAGUAUUGUGAAUUGGUUAUGGGAAUAUCACAGGAAAGAAAAGAUUACAUACGCUGUGGAUUCAAAUUUGGAGGGAGAUUUUGUGGAAAAAGAAGUGGAAUCUGCACUUAUUCUGGGUUUAGCUUGUUGUCAUCCGAACCCACAUUUCAGGCCUUCGAUGAAGAAUGUUUUGGUGGUUCUUACAGGGGAAGCUGAUCCACCACAGGUGCCAUUAGAAAGGCCUUCAUUUGUGUGGCCUGCACUGCCCCCUGCUUUCAGCCACUCUGAUUACUCUAGCACAAGUACUCAAUUUAGUACUUUCUCUGAGGUCGAUGGAAGAUGAAGCAUUGGAUCUUCU